AUGGUGUCCUGGGUAGCUGCCGUGUUGGUUUUCAGUGCAGCGGUGGUUUCGGCUUACCCUGCCAACGACCCCGUCAUAGGAAAAUGGUCUGAAGGUCUUCGCUAUGACUACUUGGAAGACGACGCCGGCAAAGUCCACCUUGUGGAUAACUGGAUGAAAGUCAGCGACUUCGACAGGCUGGCCAGAUACAACCCCGAUGCUUCUAACAGAUACCAUCUUUUCACCAGGGCUAACCCCUCAAUCAGUCAGCCUAUCGUCCUGAACAAUGCUGCCACUGUCCACAACUCCAAUUUCAACGCUCGUCGCCGCACCAUCGUGAUGAUGCAUGGUUUCGCUGGUUCCAUCACUUCUGGGUUCAACACUGUGCUUCUGCCAGGUCAAGCCGCCGGUAGAUUCAUCAACUGGCUGAACUCCAUCACUGGGGCCACCGCCAACAACUACCACGUGAUCGGCUACAGUGUGGGCGGCCAUGGAGCUGGUAUCAUCGCUAGAACCAUCAACGGCAAUGUCGGUUACGUCACUGGUUUGGACCCCGCCGACCGUUGGGACACCGCCUGGCUGUUCAGGCCCAAUGACGGACUUUACACUGAAGUUAUGCACACCAAUGGAGGAGACAGUGGCUGGCUGAACCCUCUUGCUCAGGUCGACUUCUACCCUAACGGAGGUCGCCAGAUGCCUGGAUGUAUGACUUCUCUAUGCCAUCAUUACAGGUCCUACUAUUACAUGGCCGAGUCUCUCCGUACUGGAGGCUUCACUGGAAGACGGUGUGACAACCUGAAUGCUGCCCUCGUCGGCAACUGCUCUGGAUCUACUCUGAGGAUGGGUGGAAUCCGACCAAAGAACGGAAACACCGGUAUCUACCAUCUAACUACCAACGCUUUGCACCCGUACUCUCGAGGAUAA